AUGGUCCUCCACAACCCCAACAAUUGGCACUGGGUGAACAAGGAUGUCUCCGCCUGGGCCAAGGACUAUCUGAAGGAGAAUCUCUGCAUUCUCUCUGCAGAGGAUAAUGGAGCUACUGCCAAGAUUUCCAAUGUAUUGACAAUGGAUGGCGACGUAGAUGUCAGCCAGAGAAAAGGCAAGGUCAUUACUUUGUUUGAUGUGAAACUCCAGCUCGAGUACGAAGGUAAGACUAAGGACGAGGAGUCUGUUAGUGGCACUAUCACUAUCCCUGAGGUAGCCCACGACACAGAGGAAGAUGAGUAUGUCUUUGAGAUUGAAAACUACUCGGAUUCCUCCGCCAAGCAGCCCGUGAAGGACCUCGUGCGUUCCAAGCUUGUGCCGCAGUUAAGAAAGGCGUUGGCUCAGCUUGCUCCAGCUUUGAUCACUGAGCAUGGAAAAGAUAUUCAACACGCUCCCGGCGUAAAUCCUUCGAAAGGCUUCGCUGCGCCCACUUAUCAUCCUCAAGCCUCCAAGAAGGAAGCCACCGCCUCUCAGACUACCACCACUACAACUUCGAAUAAGGUCGCUGUCAACACUACCACAGUAACUGCUUCGGAUGAAUUCCGCACCACAGGUGAGGAGUUGUUCAAGACCUUCACAGACCCCCAGCGUAUUGCAGCAUUCACCCGUGGAGCCCCUCGCCAGUUCGACGGAGCCCACAUUGGUGGAAAGUUUUCCAUCUUCGAUGGCAAUGUUACCGGAGAAUUCGUCAAGCUUGAGUCACCUAAGCAGCUGGUUCAAAAGUGGCGUCUGGCCCAGUGGCCUGCCGAUCAUUUCAGUACUCUUGAGAUCAACUUCGAUCAGAACGAUAUUGACGGCGUCACUCAAAUGCGUGUGAGCUGGACUGGCGUUCCCAUCGGCCAGGAAGAUGUCACCAAACAGAACUGGGAAGUUUACUAUGUGCGAAGCAUUAAGCAGACCUUUGGAUCUCGCCCAUUUGCUUGGAGACAGCUGCUGAUUACAAUCUUUGUGCUUUUUCUCGGUAUAGGUUUGGCACUAUUCUCUGAUCACGGUAGAUCGAUUUUGGACAAUUUCACGAAAUACAUUUAUUUCAUCUGA